AUGAAGAAUCUCAUGACACAAUUCUCCUAUCAAGUAACGUAUUAUGAAAACGGAGACGACGCUAUCGCUUUCUUGAAGAAGAAGAAACAUGAGAUUGAUUUAGUGCUUUGGGAUUAUCAUAUGCCUAAUAUUAAUGGACUCGAAGCUCUCAAAACCAUUGGUAAAGAAAUGGAUUUACCCGUUGCAAAUGAUUGA